GCGCCAACAGUAUUUUAACGAAGAUACGGCAACCUUGUUCUAUGUAUCAGCACUGUUGUUGAUUUUUUUUGCAAAAAAUCUUUUUGGCUUCCUCACAGUAUUCCGAAUGCAUCAAAGUAUUGUGUAAUUUUCCGUGCGAACACGGAAUCGGGAACGUGGGACACACUGCAUCAAACUAACAACGCACUAAGCCUGCAGCGGUGCCUAUGGACUACGGCGGUGGUGGCGGCAGCGCAUCCGGCAGCGGGACGAACAACGCCGAGGCGUCGGAUCUGAACAUGUGCGGGGGUCAGGAUAUGCUGGAGGGCAAAGCCAAGGAGAAGGCACGUCGCUACUGGACGCCUAGCGAGGAGGAGCGUCUCUACGAGAUCUGGGGCCGCGACAACUGGCGUCUGACGCGGAAUGGCAAGAAUACGAUAUUCUUUGCUCAGUGGGCGGAGGAGUUGCGCGAACGUUUCGGGGUGGAUGUGAAGCCCGAGGAGAUACAAAUGAAAGUUAACCAGACGAGGGCCAAGUUCAGAUCGGUGAAGAAGCAGCUGCUGUCGGAUCCCACCAGUUAUCCCAAUCGCUGGAAGAAGUACGACAUUAUCAAUCGAAUACUGAAGAACCUACACAGGCCGAAGGAUGCCGAGCCCUUGCCCCCGGGUGCACUGCUUAACAAUCGCGAUAUGACUCCGCCCAGGGAGAAUAUGACUCCCCAGCCGCAGCAGCAAGGUCUCAAUCUCACCACAGAGGCGACGGCGGCCACCAGCUUCUACAACAACAGCAGCAACAGCAACAACAGCAGCAGCCACAACAACAACAACAGCGGCGGCGGUGGGAUGAGCUUCAAUACGGAACUAUUUACGGAUCAGUACGAUGAGGCGGUGAAGCAGGAGUACGAGGACGACGAGUAUCGUUCGAUACCCUUCCAGGAGCCACUCCAACAGUAUUCGCCAGCCGAGCCAGCUCAAUUGCUCGAGCUGCAGACGCCACAGCAGAUACAACAGCAGCAACUCCAACAGCAACAGCAGCAGCCACAAUUUCAACCCGGAUACGGGCAACAAUUUCAGCAGCAGCAGCAACCAUUGCAGCUGCCCACAGAGCAACAGCAGCAGAUCCAACAGCCAGGAUCACAGCAGCAGCCGCAACAGCAGCAGCAGCAGCAACCGCAGCCAAGUGUCUACACAAACAGCAGCAGCAAUGGAACCGCCGCGACCAUCAAUCAUCAGCCGAUCACCGCCGUGGCGUACAUCAACAGCAGCAACAACACGAUCAGUGUGGCCACCAAUGCCAAUGGAGGAACAGUCGGGAUGAGCUCGCCCGCACCGGCACCGCGGAGACGCGGUCGUCCCUUUGGAUCGUCGAAUACCCUAGCGGCCGACUCCCUGGAGGCCCUGUACAUGGAGGAGGUGCGUCGGAAUACCCAGCUGAUCGCCGAACAGACAAAGAUAUCCCGUCAACGUUUGGAGCUGGAGGAACGGAAGCUGGACUUGAUGCAGACCUUCUUCCCCAAGGUACUGGAGAAUCAGACCCUGAUCCUCAACCGCUUCAUGCAGUGGGAGGCCCGACCUCAGCAGACCCAGCAAAUGCACCACCAUGCGCAACCAGAUUCUGGGCAGCCACAGCAGUGAGCAGAAUUUUCGGAUAUUUUUAAGCAAAUCAAAGUUUGUAGUUUUCAGGAUCGCGACGCAUUAAUAUUUGUCAAAUUUUUGAAAUUUUUUAAAGUCGAUUUGGUGUCCAACAAUUUAAUUUAAUACAAUUUAAUACCCUACACAUUUAAAAUA